AUGGCGACCGUGAAGCAUGAACUUAUUCGGAAUUUCACUUCAGAGGAGGCCAUUCAUCACAGUAAGAUCUCCAUUGUGGGAACUGGAUCGGUUGGUAUGGCCUGUGCAAUCAGCAUCUUAUUAAAAUGCAUCCCGGAUGAUAACACAGUACAUUUAGUCACCAUGUCUCCUUGGACUCUUGUAGACUGUGAGACUUUUGUUGUUUUUGAUGACGUUGACCAUUUUGCAGAGUACUGGUCAAUGGAUAUCUUAACUUAUGUAGCCUGGAAAUUGAGUGCAUUUCCCAAAAACCGUGUUAUUGGAAGUGGCUGUAAUCUGGACACUGCCCGUUUCCGUUACUUUAUUGGGCAAAGGCUUGGUAUCCACUCCGAGAACUGUCAUGGGCUGGUCCUUGGAGAGCAUGGAGACUCAAUUCCUAUAUGGAGUGGAGUUAACAUUGCUGGUGUCCCUCUGAAGGAUCUGAACUCAGAUAUAGGAACUGAUAAAGAUCCCGAGCAGUGGGAAAAUGUCCACAAAAAAGUGGUUUCCAGUGCGUAUGAGAUGUUUAAAAUGAAAGGUUAUACUUCUUGGGGUGUCAGCCUAUCUGUAGCUGAUUUAACAGAAAGUAUUUUGAAGAAUCUUAGGAGAGUGCAUCCAGUUUCUACCCUGAGUAAGGGCCUCUAUGGAAUAAAUGAAGAAAUAUUCCUUAGUAUUCCAUGUAUCUUGGGAGAGAAUGGUAUUACAGACCUUAUAAAGUUAAAGCUGACCCCUGAAGAGGAGGCCCGUUUGCAAAAGAGUGCAGAAAUACUUUGGGAAAUUCAGAAGGAGCUCAAACUUUAAAGUUCUUUAAAGCUACCAUUCUGAAGCUAUUGAA